AUGUCCUUGAAAAGUUUAACAAGUAGUCGCAAAAUUAUUGAUGUAAUUCAUAGAUACGGUCAUUGCAUUAGUUAUCCAGCUGUAGAAGAGCUGGAAACCGAAGCAACAUAUACUUCAAUACAGCAAUCAAGUAUAUGUCCUGAAGCAAUUGUAAAAUCACCACAUCUCUGUACUGGGGAUGCUUUUGAUAAUUUUGAUAGGUUUGUGGAAACUAAUAGUGGCAAAGAUACAUUGCACGAUACUGUCGGGAUCAUCUAUCAAAAUAUUGAUUUAGAUAAUCCAGAUGAAUCCCAAUUGAUAAGUUUACCCGCUGUUAGCAAUGAGACACUUUUAAAUUCGAAGACGAGGAGACGAAGAACUUUUGAAGCAGUAAUUAUGGAUGUUCAAGAAGAACCAGUUUCUAAAAGAAAAAAAAUUGAUAUGAAUUUGUCGGCUCAUGAAAGUGAAUAUUUGCUACCUGGAAAUUUUCAACUAUACAAAAUGAUAGAUACAACUUGGAUGAUUUGUCAUGCUCUACAGUUACCAGAUGUUCCCAUGUGGGUUGGUUUUAAUUCUUCAUUAUUAAGUGAUAACGAUAACCUACAACAAAGAGUUUCUUAUCUAACUCCCAUAAAUGAAUCGCCUACUAACAAAUCAGUAGUUUUGGAAACUAUGAGACAAAGCCAGAAAAUUUGUGAAGAAGUAAAGCAGUCAUCAAUUCAAGUUACAUACGAUCUAGCAAUAGCAAAAGUUGCUUUGCAAUUUCAAGUUACCAAUAAGCCAAGUUUUGAUAAUUUGUUUAUACAUUUGGGACCGUUCCACAUUAUGAUGGCUUAUUUUAAAGCAGUAGGCAAAGUAAUCAUUGAUUGUGGUCUGACUAAUAUCAUGGUACAAAGCAAUUUGUUAGCGUCAGGCUCCGUAAGCGGAUUUCUUGAAGGGAAACACUUUAACAGGUGUAAGAGGCUUCAUCCUUUGAUGGCUGUGGGAUUAGAAAUUUUACAUUUCAACUCAUUUUUAGAAAUGAACAAUAAAGUAAUUACAGAUGACAUGGCUGAAGAAAUUGCACGACUGAGAACUUCAUCAUUAUCUUCUUUUAAAAUACAAAAUGAAGAACUUAAUGAGUUAAUGAAUAACUAUGACAUUUACAAGCAAGUUCGG